AUGAUUGCAGAUGAAAUUGGACUUGAUGAAAUGACAGUUCACAGCAUCAUCGCUGAAAACUUGAGAAAUGCUGGAGGCACCAGUAUCAUCCUCCAAGACUUCCUGGUCCAUAAUGAACUCUCGAUCAAGAUGAUACUCCUGAAGAUAAUUUUAUUAUUAUCAUCGACACAUCUAAUACUAGUAAGAUGUUCCGUGGAGCAAAAUAUUCGAGAUGCUGUGUUAAAUACAGUUACAGUUACCCCGGAGCAUGUAUCAAGUACUAGGGAUCCCAUAAGACCAGACAUGCAUUUGUACGAAAAGUUUUUGAAGAACAUUACUAGCACCGCUAUCAAAAAAGCCCUACCGGCCAUGAUGAGAAUUAUGGAUAAGGUGAAUAUGUCAUCCGGUUGCCUUUCAAGUCUCUUCAAGUAUGUGAUAUCUUUAAAACAGAUCAAAGUUUGGGCGAUGCGAAUGUUUGACGCCACAGCAAAAGUGCCAUCUGGUAUGUUCGAUGGAACGGUGACUGAAUUCGGGGCGUUCGACCAGUGUCUGAAGAUUCUCGUGAAAAACAAGAAAGGAGUUGAAGAUUUCAGAGGACAGUAUUGCUCUGUUGAGGCCGUGCCGAAUCUGGGCCCGCGUCCUCAGAAUUUGUCUCUUGCAAUCCUACCGACUGUAAAGUUUGAUGAUUCAAUUAUCAAAGAAAUGCAUUCCACCAUCUUUGCUUUCUACCAACUGACUUUACGUUUUGGUAUAUGCAUACCAUCAACUUGCACCGUGGAAGACAUGAGGGUUCUUGGAGCUCAAGUUGUGAAGCCUUUGAACUACAACAUUCGUGUAUCGAAAUGUCACGUGUACGAGGAGAUUGUUGUUAAACCAAUGCACGUGAUAGUGUUGGUUCUAUUGAGUCUGCUUUUAUUACUCGUGAUAGGAGGAACAAUCACCGAGUGGAAUAUAAAGAGAAGAUUGGCGAAUGGGAUCAGCACGAAAGACAGUUCUCUGCGGCGCAUUCUGUUGGCAUUCUCUCUCACAACGAAUAUGAAAAAGUUGUGUUCAACAGAGAGUAGUACAGAUGAGAUGAAGAGUUUGCAUGGAAUUCGAGCUCUCAGUAUGACUUGGGUCAUCCUUGGUCACACUUAUGUUUGGAUAAACUUCCAAGCCUUACGUAAAACCAGCGUUGCUAGUGAUUGGUUUAAUGAUUUGGAAUUCGAAGUGAUUUUAAAUGGAUGGCUCUCUGUAUCAUCAUUCAUUUUUCUGAGUGGGUUGCUAACUACACACACAACUAUCAAGUACAUGAAUAAGACUGGCGGAAAACUCAACAUAUUCCUAUAUACAGUACGAAGAUUUAUGAGAUUGUAUCCUUCUUUGCUGUUGCUUCUCGGUGCCAUAUUUUUCUUGCCAUGGAUUGCAUCUGGACCAUUUUGGCCUGAGCUGCCUGGAGUUGAAGUGACUAACUGCCAUCGAUAUUGGUGGCGAAAUCUCCUCUUUAUCAACAACUGGACGCCAAUUAAAGAAAUAUGCAUGCAGCAUUCCUGGUACAUAUCUGCUGAUAUGCAGUUGCACAUAAUUGCACUGCUGAUUCUUAUACCGUUGUACAGCAAUCCGUACGUUGGUUUCGCUGUGUGUUUCGUUCUGUCACUGGCUGGCUCUCUAACAAUUGGAGUUCUAACAUACGUCAGGGGUUACGAUCCUGCAAUACUGCUAUCAACAGCAAGUACUGAAAACGUCUACAGGAUCAUAGAAAACAUCCACAUCAAAACUUUCACGUACUUUGGUCCCUAUUGCAUUGGUGUCAUUACGGGUUAUUUGCUACUGAAGCUACCUAAGUUAAAAUUUCCAACGUCUCUGAACCUGAUUGGCUGGUGCUGCGCAAGUGUUCUGGGCAUUUCCUCUCUGUAUGGGACCCAUCGGUGGAACACGGGCUAUUUCCACGAGCCAGAGGUAACAGCUACUUAUGCAGCACUUCACCGCACCACCUUCACCAUUGCAGUCGCAUGGGUGGCUUUCGUAUGUGUCACGGGGAAUGCCGAGCUGAUCUCCUCUUUCUUGAAAUGCCGCCCUUUUAUAUUGAUGAGCCGAUUGUCUUUCAUGGCUUACAUGGCGCAAGGACCCGUCAUUUGGACGCGUUACGGGUCGCUUAAGGAAAGAAUAUUUUUCAGCCAUUUCAACAUGCUUUAUGAAUACAUGGGAAAUUUGGUAAUUUCGCUGACGCUUGCAGUUGCUGGUCAUCUAUUAGUGGAAGCACCUUUUGCCAAUCUUGAAAGACUGCUUUUCAUGACGUCUCCAUCCAAAAAGAAACCACGAAGCAAUUUGUGUCAGGUGAAAACGAACCAAGACAUGAAAUGUGACAAUGGAAUUUCUUCAGUGCCAGGACACAAGAUUGAACAACAAACGUGA